AUGCGAAGUUUGGGCGAUGGAGGUGAUGGUGAUAUGGGUGGUAUCGUCAAGGAUAGCAAGUAUACCAAAGAAGCUUUUGCUGUUGUCGAAGGGGUAAGCCGAGCAACUCUUGAUGCUUGGGCCCUCGAAGCAGAGGCCCACUAUAAUGCUACUCUGGAUCGUGGCGAAUACAUCGAAAAACGACAUAAUCGAGCUGAGCAGGAGCACAAGUAUUUUUUAGUUAUGGCCUUGAUUGUCCAGUUAGAUCAUCUAUCUGUUUUUAGAAAAACUGAAGAACUUCUGAAGAGGGUGCUGGCAAACAAACUGAAUGAUACAUCCUUUGAGAAUUUACUCAAUAGAUCUGAAGAAUUUGAUCAAUGGCUUGAAGACUUUAGAGCCACUAUCUAUGACAGCGCUAAGAAAGACACCACUGAAGCAGAGCGGAUGAGUAAAGUUGUAGCCAAACGAAUUGAUAGGUACAAGGUGAGUGGAAUUUUAGUCAGCUUAGAGGAGUUGUCAUUGACUAGAAUUCAGGAAGUCAGCAAUGAGAUCGAGAAGCUGCGUGCAGAAGCAGAGGAAGAUUUGGCAACGGCGAGAGACUCGGUGGAUCAAGCAAAGGGACGGGUAAGAGAGUACAAAGUGAGUGGAAUUUUAGUCAGUUUUGAGAACCUGCGUGCAGAAGCAGAGGAAGAUUUGGCAACGGCAAGAGACUCCGUGGAUCAAGCAAAAGGGCGGACACUUGGGAGCGCGGAAGAAUUGUCGCAAGAAUGCCGCAAUAUUUCCAUGAUGUACGCUCAGCUGAUCGAUGAGUAUGACGACAUUUUUGUGCAAAGCGCCGCUGAACAUGCUGAAACCCUAGAACGAACUGCGAAUGUUUUGAAAAACUCCUUUACGGAUACUCGUACAGAAGCAGAGGAUCCUCUCAAAGCGUCUCAAGCUUAUGAGGAGAUAGCAUCGGCUUUGAAAAACGCUACAGCGGCUGCCGAAUUGGCUGUGAAAGCAGCAGAAGAUGCCUAUGCUGAAGCAGAUGAAAGCUCUGAGCACUCCAUGGUGAAAAAAGUGAACGACUCUAAAGCAAAUAGUCAAGCUUUGGCAAAUGGUAGCUUUCCACCUGCUAUAGAACAUGCAAAGAAUGCUUAUUGA